CUGCGCGCCCUGGCCGCCGCCGAGCGCGAGUACACAGUGCAGCGGAAUAUGCUGGAUUUCCCGCAACACGUGUCCCCCAGCCGGGAGGUCCGCACCGCCAGCACCGAGGCAGACAAGCAGCUCUCGGAGUUCGACGUGGAGACCAGCAUGCGGCAGGACGUCUACCAGCGGAUCACCUGGCUGCAGGAGAAGCUGGACGGCGCUUCCCUAAAGCCGGAAGCCAAGCGCUACUUGGAAAGGCUGGUCAAGCUGGGCCAACGGAGCGGCCUCCACCUGGCCAGGGAGGUUCAGGAGAAAAUCAAGGAGAUUAAGAAGCAGCUGAGCGUGCUGUGCAUCGACUUCAGCAAAAACCUCAACGAAGACGCCACUUUCCUGGCUUUUACCAGGGAGGAGCUGGGGGGGCUCCCCGAGGAUUUCCUGAAGUCCCUGGAGAAGGCGGAGGACGGCAAGCUGAAGGUCAGCCUCAAGUACCCCCAUUACUUUCCCCUGAUGAAGAAGUGCCACGUGCCCGAGACCCGGAAGCGGAUGGAGGAGCGCUUCAACUCCCGCUGCAAAGAGGAGAACUGCCGGAUCCUCCAGCAGCUGGUGGAGCUGCGGGCCCAGAAGUCGGCGCUCCUGGGGUUCGAGACGCACGCGGCCUUCGUGCUGGAGAUGAACAUGGCCAAGGACUGCAAGACGGUGGCAGACUUCCUGGAUGAGCUGGCAGCCAAGCUGAAGCCGCUGGGCGAGAAGGAGCGGGCGGUGGUCCUGAGCCUGAAGCAGAGGGAGUGCGAGCAGCGGGCGGCCUGCUUCGGGCUGCAGCCUGGCUGCCUGUUGUCGGACGGCAGCCGCCAGACGGCCGUGGCUGCCAUGGUGGCCAACUUCACCAAGCCGACGCAGGAGGCCCCUUCCCUGCUGCAGCACGAUGAGGUGGAGACCUACUUCCACGAGUUCGGCCACGUCAUGCACCAGCUGUGCUCCCAGGCCGACUUCGCCAUGUUCAGCGGGACCCACGUGGAGCGAGACUUCGUGGAGGCCCCCUCCCAGAUGCUGGAGAACUGGGUGUGGGAGAAGGGGCCCCUGCAGCGCAUGUCCAGGCACUACAAGACGGGCGAGCGGAUCCCCUCCGAGCUGCUGGAGAAGCUGAUCCGCUCCCGCCAGGCCAACACAGGGCUCUUCAACCUGCGCCAGGUCGUUUUGGCCAAGCUCGACCAGGCCCUGCACAAGCAGACGAAAGCAGACCCUGCCCAGGAAUACGCCCGGCUCAGCGAGGAGAUCCUGGGCAUCCCAGCCACCCCAGGCACCAACAUGCCGGCCACAUUCGGCCACUUAGCAGGAGGCUACGACGCCCAGUACUACGGCUACCUCUGGAGCGAGGUCUACUCCAUGGACAUGUUCUACACCCGCUUCAAGCAGGAGGGGGUCAUGAGCUCCAAGGUGGGGCUGGACUACCGGAACUGCAUCCUCCGGCCAGGCGGGUCGGUGGACGCUGCGGAGAUGCUGCUGGGGUUCCUGGGAAGGGCCCCCAACCAGGACGCCUUCCUGGAGAGCAAGGGGCUGGCCGUGGCCCCCGGCUCCCUGCCCUCGGCGUGCUGAGCGCCUGCCACCCCUCCGCGAGACCGCCGUGGGCCUGGCCCUCCCCCGUGGUGCUGCCGUGGUAGAUUUAGUGGUGUGCUCGGAUUGAAACUGCCCCCCCUGCUCUUUUACAGGGUGGGGGGGCGGCAUUAUUAAACUGCUUACUCACCUUCA